CUGAUCGGCCAAGCGGCCAAACACUCUGCGACAAUCACAUUCGUUUCGACCAUACCUUAACCAACACUCCCGCUUCGAACUGACUGACUCUUGACAGCAUACCGCCGCCCGUCCAUCAUCACACACAGGCUGGGCGCCAUGGCGAAACUCCUCAAGCAGCCGCUGAAGCUGGCGUUGGUGCAGCUGGCGACCGGAGCAGACAAGGCGGCCAACCUCUCGCGCGCUCGCUCCAAAGUGCUCGAGGCCACGUCCAAGGGCGCCAACCUCGUCGUGCUUCCCGAGUGCUUCAACAGUCCCUAUGGAACGAAGUACUUCCCGAAAUACGCCGAAACGCUCUUGCCAUCGCCGCCGACCAAAGAGCAAGCACCCUCCUUCCACGCCCUGUCCGAGCUCGCAAAAGAGGCCAAGACAUAUCUGGUCGGCGGCAGCAUCCCCGAGUACUGGGAGGAGACGAAUAAGUACUACAAUACCUCCCUGACCUUCGAUCCCAAUGGCAAUCUGAUCGGCACGCAUCGCAAAGUGCAUCUCUUUGACAUCGACAUACCGGGCAAGAUCUCGUUCCACGAGAGCGAGGUGCUGUCGCCAGGCAACAAGGUCACUCUCAUCGACCUGCCAGAGUAUGGCAAGAUCGCUGUGGCUAUAUGCUAUGAUAUCAGGUUUCCUGAGCUGGCCAUGAUCGGCGCGAGAAAGGAUGCCUUUCUGCUGGUGUACCCAGGCGCAUUCAACCUCACAACGGGCGCCAUGCAUUGGGAGCUGCAGGCGCGCGCGCGAGCUAUGGACAACCAAAUAUACGUCGGCUUGUGCAGCCCUGCGCGAGACAUGGAAGCGGACUACAAUGCCUGGGGACACUCGAUGGUGGUCAAUCCAAAUGCUUCGAUUCAAUCUGAGCUGGAUGAACACGAAGGUAUCACGUAUGCCGACUUGGACAACGCUACACUUGCUGAGUCGAGGACGGGCAUUCCCGUCAACACUCAGCGUCGCUUUGACGUGUAUCCAGAUGUCAGCGCUGGUAAGGUGCGCUUUGAGGAGUAGUCGUGCGGAAGCAGCAACUGGCAGAGGCACAUAAUGAAGGAGCAGGCGAGGUAGGAAGUCAUACGUAAAAGACGCACUUGCUUCGAAUACUUAGCAUCUUCAUUCUCAGCCGUCUUUCGGGUUCAACACGCAAAUCCUCACUACCUUACCCUUACCUUAUCCUUCGCCCCUCUGAGCGAUCACCUGGACUAUUCCCUGCAGCCUAUCACUACUCCAUUACACGUUCCCUCUCACCCGCCACUACCCAGGCUUGAGAGCAGUCUGAUUUGGCCACGAAAGCUGGCCAUGGCCCGUGGAGACACUACCACGAGGAAGAGACUGCCAUGGCUCGAGCCAGUACGCUCCACUGAUACUCGCGAUGAGAAUAGGAGCGCGCCGAUAACAUACAUCUCGCCCGCCUCCUUGAGCAACGACUUGAGGUACCGACCUACGGGCUCAACGCCCGAGAUCAGAGAGCCGACACUGCGAAAGCAUCCUCGAUCCUACUCGGACAGCUCACAGCGACCUUCUGGUGUGCGAUCGCAUGCUAUUGCCAGACCCAGGCGAGAGUUGAGCCAGCCGGAGAUAUCGUCAUCUGAGUACAACUCCACUACUCCAAGCGACAAAGAUCCCCUGCCGCCGGGCUUCCCCAAGAAAGAUCCCAGAUCAUACGAAGAGCUCCUCAGUCCUGCUACCACAACGCUGAAGAGCCCGCACCCACAUCUCGCACAACCAAAGCUCGAGCGAAAGCCGGGGACACGUAACUUGCAGCCGCGCUUGGCCGCGCAGUCGAGCCCGUUUCUGCUGCGCAAUCAGCAGCCUACUUCACCUAGAAAAGGCACCAGGACACCUAAACCCAAUCCAAAUCCAUAUCGCUAUGCCUCAAAUACACCUCCAGCACUCACGCACACGACGCCGACCAUAAAUGCGCUUCCAGCGCAUUUGAUGGCACAGUCGACGAGCUCGUCUUCCGACAAACAGUCAAUUUCGCCGACACCACCUUUACUGUAUCGCUCUGCGAAUACUCCACCGGCUGCGCCAACGCGUACUCUGCGCUCAAUGGACUCGCUGCCCGCUCAAUCCAAACAGCUGCACAGUUUUCCAGACCGCCUGGCUGCCCAGGAAUCGGGCUACAAGCGCGAGUCUGGGAAGCCUGAAGCCAUCAACAUCAGCUUGAAGCAUCCUCGCCGGAAUCACGUCAGUGUCAAGGACAAUUUCCAUCAUCAUAUGCACCGUCCUAUCGCUCGAGAAUGGAGCCUGAGGCGCAAGCGUCUCACUUCGGCUAUCGCCUGCCUAAACACCAUAUUCGUGGGCUUCAUCGCGGGAAUCUACGCAGGUGAGGUACCCCGCAUACAGUAUCAGCUUGAUGAUGAGUCGCAUUGGGUGAUUCUAGGCAAUGUCCUACUAUUUGCAGGACUUGGUCUGAGUACAUUGCUAUUCUGGCCGCUACCAUUGCUCCACGGCAGGCGCCCCUACGUACUGAUCGCUUUUGGGGCCAUGCUGCCGCUACAGAUACCGCAGGCGAUGGUUGUACAGCAUCCGCACGGCUCGCACAUGCUAUACCGGACCGGAUUAUUGCUGCCUCGUGCCUUGACAGGGUUCGCUCUGGGCUUUGCCAAUAUCAAUUUUCUGCCGACCUUAUGGGACCUAUGGGGAGCAUCUCUCAUGUCUGAUCGCCCUCAUCAAGAGACUGUAGCGUACGACGAUGUUCGACGUCAAGGGACUGGAGUGGGAGCGUGGCUUGGCAUGUGGACUUUCUGCUUCAGCAGCUCUCUCUCCGUCGGUUUCUUCACCGGCGCCUGUGUCAUCUCCAAGCUGAAUCCGAGCUGGGGCUUCUGGAUUACAAUUAUGCUUUUGACCUUCUUCAUGCUGGUGAACACGAUCGCGCCGGAAACCAGAAAAUCAGAGCAUCGAAGAACUAUUUCCCAAUUCUUCGAGGACGAAACCAAGCAUUUGAAGCGACGCGUCGCGCGAGGAGAAGUUAAACUCCACAUUUCAAACGAUGGACCCAAAUGGUGGUUCGAGGAAGUGUGGGCGGGUGUCAUACUCACCAAACGCAUGGUUCUCCAGCCUGGAUUCUUUGUUCUCAUGGCCUACCUGGGCUGGAUACAGGCUCAACUGACGCUUGUGAUACUUCUGCUCGGAGCAUUGCUCUCCCGCUCAUACCGCUGGCCGUCGCAAUGGGUUGGCCUGGCUGUGCUAGCUAUUCCCACCGGAGCCGCACUCGCCAUGCCGCUGACGCAAGCUUCGUUACUGAGUCGCGCUCGUGUAACACCUGCCCGAACAGACAGCAUGACUUUCCAGCCCAGGGUUACCUGGAGCUCUCACUUGCUUCGAAGGGCCAUCUUCACGUUGUUACUGCCAUUCGCCGGCCUGGGCUUCUGUCUGUCGUCUUCUGGACCACCCGUGCAUUGGAGCGCCGUGAUUAUCCUUGCAGGACUGGUCGGCUUUCUCGCAGACCUGGGGAUUGCAGAGUGCGUGGGACUCAUCAUGGAGACAUUUGACACGUGCGAUUUACAGCCUGGAGUGAACACCAGACAUCGUGUCCAGUCCAUGACCAUUAUCGCAAAGAAGCGCCGCACCAAUUACUCCUCGUUUCCACGCGUAUGUGCGGGAUGGUUCGCUGCACAGUCUCUGGGAUUCUUCCUGGCAGCUGGCUCUACCGUUGCGGCCGGGCGAGUCACUGACAACUAUGGUGCUCAAACGGCUAUCUCUAUUGUUGCAGCCAUCCUAUUGGCAGUCACAGUCAUGCUGUUGAUUGUAUUGUGGAGAUGGAAGGAGGUUCAGGUCAUUCCCAACUUCACCAUGGGCACUUUUCGGAGCAAUAAAGAAACGGAGAUGGGGCAAGGCGACCCCGAAUGGAAGGCUGUGAUCAUUGGUCAUCCCUCAGGCAAGAUGAGGCGCAUGAACUUGCUGGAAAUGGGCGCCUGGUCUCGAUGGACGGAGAUACGGAAGCUGAACAAGCUGAUCAAAGAGUAACGCAGAAGCGAUUAAACAGGAUGGAGUACUGGCUGUUUUGAUCCUGCUUGAUCCUGCCGCUACCGCAACUCCGAGUAUUGUGGUCUCACUUCGUGCUUCGUCUCUAGAAAUGUGUCGUAUAAUCGACGAAAUGUG